GGCUGCGCAGCUUGCACGUCUUUUCCAGUUCAGAAGUUCAGAUCUUCAGAACUAACCCGCAUCGUCCCUCCUUCUUCCAUUAAUCUUCUUCCAAAUUCUUUUACUGGCCUCAAACUUUCUUCACGACCUACUUACAUUGACACAGGCUGAUGUCUGGUAACUUUCGAGCGCGCCGGCCAGCUUCACCGCCUCCAGGAGCUGGUUACCCUCCGUCGACAGCAGUGCCAUUAACAGCAGUACGAUUCCCGCAUCCUCGGCAAGACCAUUUGGAUGCAGAUGCUCGAAGAGAGGCAGCCUCUAAGGGCUUUGCGCCUGGGAGACUCAAAUCUAACAUUUCCUCUGGGGGGCUCAGUAUAACUUCUGGCGAAGUAAAGCUGUUAAUUGGUCUAGUCCUAGUGGCAGCAGCGGUCAGGCUUUAUAGAAUUUCGAGACCGAAUAGUGUCGUUUUUGAUGAAGUUCACUUUGGCAAAUUUGCCAGCAGAUACAUCAAAACACAGUAUUUCGUGGAUGUACAUCCCCCGCUGGCGAAACUUCUCAUCACUCUUGCUGCUUUUCUAUUCGGAUACGACGGUCAUUUUGAUUUCAAGGAUAUUGGAAAAGUGUAUGAAAAUGUUCCAUACGUUGCAAUGCGCAUGGUGCCAGCUCUUCUUGGAGUUGCUACUGUUCCUCUUGCCUACCUCACUCUUCGUGCACUCGACUGCCGAGCUACUACUUCUCUAGUCGCUGCUCUCUUCAUUACAUUUGAGAAUGGACUAGUAACGCAGUCACGACAUAUUCUACUUGACUCUCCACUCAUUUUCUUUACAUCGCUCUCAAUAUUUUCCUGGGUCGGGUUUUGCAACGAAGAUAAACACAAGCCCUUCACAGACUCAUGGUGGACCUGGCUCGUUCUUUCCGGACUCUCUCUCGGUGCCGUCGUCAGUUGUAAAUGGGUUGGCCUAUUCACGAUCGCCACCGUGGGAUUCAGCACGAUCUAUCAGCUUUGGGUCCUUAUAACCGAUAUCCGGAUUCCACCCAAGUUAUUCAUUAGACACUUUGCCGCUCGAGCGCUAUGUUUAAUUGUCAUCCCCGUCCUGUUUUACAUGACCAUGUUUCAAAUUCAUUUCUUGAUUCUGGGCAGCUCGGGAGAGGGAGAUGGAUUCAUGAGCUCCGAGUUUCAGCACACACUUGGCGGCAGGGGCAUGGAAGACACGUUUGCUGAUGUCGCCCUUGGUUCUGAGGUGACCUUUCGACACGUCAAUACACAAGGAGGAUAUCUGCACUCUCAUCCCUCUGUUUACCCUGGUGGCUCCAAACAGCAACAGAUCACGCUCUAUCCUCAUCGAGACCACAAUAACGAUUGGCGCAUUGUCAACGCCACACAUAUCGACCCACCCGUUAUCUCAGAAUCUCCCAACGGUCUCCGAUACAUCACCCCCGGAAUGCGCAUCAAGCUCCGCCAUAUUUCUACGGAAAAAAUGCUUCACUCGCACGAUAUUCGUCCUCCGGUCUCUGAAGUUGAGUUCCAAAACGAGGUCUCGGCCUAUGGCGCACCGGGGUUCCAGGGUGAUGCGAAUGACGAUUGGAUUCUGGAGAUUGACGAGGUCGCCAGUAGAGAUAGGAGAGAUCGGGAGGCCGUAAAAAGGUUGAGGACAUUAAGGACCAAGUUUAGGCUGAGGCAUGCGUUGACUGGGUGCUAUUUAUUCUCCCACAAGGUCAAGUUGCCAGAAUGGGGAUUCGAACAGCAGGAGGUGACUUGUAAUAAGAAUGCGGUUCGGGCAAAUUCAUUGUGGUUUGUGGAGACGGCGAUGCAUCCGGAUCUCCCCGCCGAUGCCCCAAAAGUGAAUUAUCGUCUUCCUGGGUUUUUUGCCAAGUUUCUCGAGUUGCAGCAAGUUAUGUGGACAACCAAUGCUGGAUUGACAGAUAGGCAUCUAUUCGAUUCAAGACCAGAUGCCUGGCCAAGAUUGAGAAGAGGAAUUAAUUUCUGGGUGAAAGACCAUCGCCAGAUCUACCUUAUCGGCAAUCCUAUGGUGUGGUGGUUGAGCACACUUGCUGUUGUGGCGUAUGUGGGUGUUCGUGGUUUGUUGAUCCUGAGAGAGAAGCGAGGAUUCAAAGAUUUCAACAAUUCCACUGUCGUAAAAUAUGACGGCGUCUGUGGCUUCCUGUUCAUGGGCUGGGCCUUGCACUACGGUCCCUUCUGGAUCAUGGGUCGUCAACUUUUUCUGCACCACUACUUCCCGGCGCUCUACUUUGCCAUCCUCCUCUCUUGUGGAAUUUUCGAUUUCGUAACCUCUUCUCUUCGGCCCAAAAUUCGACUACAAAUCGCUGCGGUAUUGUGUAUACUCGCAAUAUGGAACUUCUCAAAGUUCAGUCCAUUGGCAUAUGGGACUCCGUGGACGAAACAAAGCUGCGAGGCGGCCAAGUGGGGCAAACAUUGGGAUUUCUCGUGUAAUGAUUUCCUUGACAAUUUAUCGCAAUACAAUACCGGAGCAGCACCACCUACACCAUCCAAGGCCAUCGUUCAAACCACUAUAAGCGAUCCCUUCCGUGGUGAAAUUGUUGUUGAAGACAAAGCCGCUGCUCAGCGACAACAAGAGCAACAAGCUGAAGAGGAAGAAAACACGUCUGUCUACAUUCCCAAAGCUGAGCCAGGGCGAGACGUCUUUGCAGAAGCGCCAGUAAAGGAUAUCCGCAGCCAAAACGUUCCGCAACCACCAAAAGCUCCCCAAGAGGACGAAGAGAAGCUAAUCAGCUCUGUCAUACCACAGUCCCCUGAUAUGGAACAGCACGACAAUAACAAAGUUGCAGAGGGGGAAGAGACAGUCGGAGAGGGAAAGUACAUUGGGAACACAGCCAAGAAUGACAAACUCCAAAUGAAUGCUGAAAAAGAGCCUGAGAAGGUGCAGAUUCAAACUUCAUCACCUGUACCGCCAGAAGAAGAUGUGGAAGGCAUGGACCCUGUGAUAUUACCAGCUUUGAACGACGAAAAAGCCAAAGAGAAUGGGCCCCUAGGCGAAGCUGACGCCGCCGCGGAUAAAGUGGCAAAAGAGUUGUUCCCGGAAGAGGCAGAGUAAGUGUUUACGCCCUUCAAAGUAUGUAAUGCGUUGUACUGUUCGGCUUGGCUCAUUGGAAAUGUGUAUAUUUAUCGUAUGGCUAUGAAUAGUACAGAUUACACUAAUAGUUACUGGAAGAAAAUACGAAACCACUUCUCUUUCUCGUCCUGUUUCGUCCUGCCCAUAACGGAACAUUUUCAGCCGGGUUCUCUAUGUCUAUCUGUACGAUUCAUUCCGUCGAUGACGGUAAUGGAUUAACUUUCUUCAGAGGUUGGAGGUCGGAACGGUCGGAGGGUAUAAUCGUUCAGCGCUUAUUAGCCAAAUUUGG